AUGAUUUUAAUUAAGAACUUUUUUGGAAGUCGCACUGAUUUCAAAAAGCAAAUACCAGAAAUACCACGACAACCAAAUCCUAAAUUCAACGAAAUGCCAGCAGAAUUUAGUCAACAGCAAGAUAUACAUGAGCACGUGGCACAACAGCAAGAUUCAAGACCUAGUAGUAUGGAAGAAGUACAACGACACCGAAGUGCAAGCCCUAUCAAUGUAACGCCAAGUCCAGAUGGAAAACAGCUACUAGUUACCCCAGAGCACGCAGUACAAGAAGAUUUUAAUUGCUACGAUGAAAUCCAACACGAAACUACCACAAUGUCUAAAUCAAAUUAUCCAACAGUGGCAGUUACCGUAGAACAUAAGAAACCACCGCUUCCGCCUCCACUAACUCAGCCCACAUCAUUUGAAGUACACGAAAAUUCUAUGAAUAUAGAAGCGGUUCUAUUACAGAAUCAAGUGGACACAUUGCAGUGGCAAUUAAAACAGGUGGAAACAAGUUGUGAAAUGUAUCGUGCUGUUAUGGAGGAAGUAGUGCGAUUUCUUGAUCGUUACCAUAACCAUAAGCAAAACAAUCGCAAUAACAUGGAGCAAAUAUCUCGUUCGAAAAGCCUUUACCACGUCUAUGCCGGAGGUCAUGAGAACAACCCACAUAGCGAUGAAUCAAUGGCCACGUCGUAUUUGCGCACGCGCAGUAGCACCAAUCUUAUUGAUCUAAAGCAGUCGCCACAUUUAUUGCCACCACCAGCAUCUACCCACAAUGAUGCUGCCACAGUGGCCAAUAUUAAACACAACAAACUAAGCGAACCGACUUAUGAUGCUGUAGCACCACCGAACUCAUACAGCACAUUUAAAGAUUUUACAUGGCGCCGUUCACCGAAGCAGAAACAAAACGAUAAUCGUACCCACACACCUGCACUAGAUGAUGUGGAAGAGAAACUGAACCAAGAGGCUUUUCGUUUAUCUCGUACCAUACACAAUCUAUUGAAUACGUCCACACAACAACCUGUUUUAACACAACACCGUAACUCACUGUCCGCAUUAAAUUUAGCGCGUUUAAAUGUCAAAACACCGAAUGGUUCUACAUUGACUUUACACACGCCCACUAUUCACAAUUCUACUAGCCUCACACUAGCGCCAAACACUAAUGAUGUUGAUACUUUAGUUAACACAACAGUUUCGGCUAUUGUUGCACCACCUAAAGCAGCCACACUUGCCAAUGCCGAUAUGCUCUUCUUGCGUUCAGCAAAUAUACGAGACUCUCGACUUUCACUGCACAGCACAACAGAUAGUUCCGUGCAUUCCACAACAUCAUCAUCAUGUACUACUUCUUCUUCCUCAAAGAUUGAAACUGAUGAUGAGCCCACCUUACCUUACAUAUCCGGAGCGCUCUUGUGUAAUAACAACAACAUUAACAAAAACAACAAACAAACGUUACCUCUAUGCUCUACCACGGAGGAUGAAAGUGGCUUCAGCUCAAUCAGUUCUUUUCAAGAAAUCGGCGUGCCAUUAUGUUCCACGCCAUGC